CACCAAUACACAACAAGUCCCCAAGGCCGUCCACCCCAGCAAACACCUCACAAUGGAUCCCGCAAAAUUGGCCAAGCUGCAGGCACAGGCUGCGGCUAACAGAAUUGGUGGAAAGGGCACUCCUCGCCGAAAGAUCGUGCGGAAGCCCAAGGCCGCGGGUGGCGGUGACGACAAGAAGCUUCAGGCGGCGCUCAAGAAGUUGAACGUUCAGCCGAUCGCUGGUGUGGAGGAGGUCAACAUGUUCAGGGAGGACGGGAACGUGCUGCACUUCAGUGCACCAAAAGAUCAUUGCCUUCUUUGCGAGUUAUCGCUCCGCGUUCUCGUUCAUGCUGCCGUCUCUGCGAACACCUAUGCCAUCUUCGGCAACGGUCAGCUCAAAGAGCUUACCGAGCUCGUGCCCGGCAUCCUUAACCAGCUUGGCCCCGACUCCCUCGCUUCUCUCCGCAAGCUCGCCGAGUCCUACCAGGCCAUCCAGCAGGGCCAACAGGCACGGCAAGCAGCUGGUGCUGAAGAUGACGACGAUGACGUUCCCGAUCUCGUGGAGAACUUCGAUGUCGAGGCUGAGGAGCCGCCGGCCGCUGAGACCACGGAGGAGAAGGCUGAGGAGCAGGAGAAGAUCGAUGAGCUCAACUAAGCUGCGAUUCGUCGUGGUCAUGACGUGCGUGCUUGAUGAUUGCACAGCACUUUUGAGCACACGCUUAUAAUGAUUCGUUAGGAUCAAACGGGAAAGUGUGUAUAGUUGUGAUCAGCUCUGCAUAUGUAUGUUCUUCAAAAAUCACCCUGUUUAUCUGAUGUAUGGGGUACCACCGCCCAUAUUUGCAUUGCUAGCACGCGCAUCAUGUCAUUUGUGUUCUUAUUUCUGUCUGCACUCAAACACUGAGCAUUGAGCUUUCCAUUGUUCACUAGCCCUGCGUUGAGUGAAAUCAC